CACUGUAUAAGUGAGGAGAUUCAGACAAAGGGCUGCUCCUUUGGCCCUCAGAUGUCUGACUUUGGAGUCCCUAGCAAGGAGGAAUCUCCUCUCCUCUGUGCCUCCAUUCCUCUGCGUCUCCCUCUUGGCUUUCUACUGUUUCUUUCCUCCUCUCAAUUCCUUUCUUUUGCUGCACUCAGAAGUUUUACAAUUGAAUGGGUUAAUGUUUAUUUUCCCCAUCAGGUGUCAGCAAAGGGAGACAUUUAAGGAUCCAAUGGCUUUCCCACCAGAAUUGAAUAGGAAGAUCUCAAAUUUCUGGUUUGAAAAUUCCAUUCUAUAUGUUGAGAUGAAGGAAAUCAAAGAUGUUCUGUUAUUUGGACAGCUUCAGAAAGCAAAUGUCACUCUGGAUCCAGACACAGCCCAUCCCAGCCUCAUCCUGUCGGAGGAUUGGAAAAGUGUGAGAAUGGGAGACAAACAUCAAGUCCUGCCCGACAAUCCUGAGAGAUUCAAUUACCAGCCUUGUGUGUUGGGAUGUGAGAGAUUCACAACUGGCAGACAUUUCUGGGAGGUUGAUGUGGGGAGAGAGGGAGGGUGGGCUGUGGGGGUUGCCAGGAAGUCUGUGGAGAGAAAAUGGUCCUAUUCUUUUAGCUCUAAGGAAGGAAUCUGGGCUGUGGGGAAGUGGGGAGGCAAGUACAGGGCCUCCACCUCCCCUCGUUACUCUCCUCUGUCCCUGAGUGAGGAGCCCAAGAGCAUCCGGGUGACUCUGGGCUAUGAAAGGGGACGUGUGUCUUUUUAUGAUGCUGACUCAGGAGCCGAACUCUACACAUUCUCAGGAGCCUUGUUUUCUGGAGAGACCAUCCUCCCUUACUUUUUUCUGUUGGAAAAGAAAACCCACUUCUCUAUCUCCUGA